GCGCGGACCGCCAGUCCCUCCUCGCCCCGCUGCCGUGCGCUGCCGCUCCGCUCCGCAGCAGAGGGGAGUGCCUGCCGCCGCCUUCGCGCCGCCGCCAUGCCCAACUUCGCCGGUACCUGGAAGAUGCGCAGCAGCGAGAAUUUCGACGAGCUCCUCAAGGCUCUGGGUGUGAACGCCAUGCUGAGGAAGGUGGCGGUGGCCGCGGCGUCCAAGCCUCACGUGGAGAUCCGCCAGGACGGGGACCAGUUCUACAUCAAGACGUCCACCACGGUGCGCACCACGGAGAUCAGCUUCAAGGUCGGAGAGGGCUUCGAGGAGGAGACAGUGGACGGACGCAAGUGCAGGAGUUUACCCACUUGGGAGAAUGAGAACAAGAUUCACUGCACACAAACUCUGCUUGAGGGGGAUGGCCCCAAAACUUACUGGACCCGAGAGCUAGCCAACGAUGAGCUGAUCCUGACAUUUGGCGCCGAUGAUGUGGUGUGCACAAGAAUUUAUGUCCGGGAGUAAAGGCGGCCAGCUCGUUCCUUCUUUCGUGACGGGAUGCAGGUUCCCCUGAGGAGUAUGUGGUCGUCCUGCGCUGCCAGAGGGUCUUUCUCCCCCACACCCCUCCCCAGUGAAUAUUAGGCAACCCCGUUUUCCCUAUGACAAUGUUGUUGUGCCCCCCUCAGGCUCCUGUUGCCUUGUGCACCCCUGGUUUGGCAUUUGCAUGGUUGUACCAGGCAUUAAACUGGUUG